AAGACCUGGGUGCUCAUUUCUAAAGCUUGCUUACGCACAAAAAGCGGCGUAAGUGACUUUCUACGGAAAGUUUCUGAUUUAUAAAAACUAACGUGGCGGGAAAAUGUGCGUACCGGUACGUAAACUCUGAAACUUGCUUACGAACAUUUUGGAGACGGGAAACUGGCGGUGCUGCUGGUGAGGUGAUGAACUUCACCUUCAUUCAUGCAUGCCAUCAUGCCAUCAUAUCCGACACUAGUGCCAUAGAAUCAUAAACACAGAAGCCUGAAAUAUAGAUGCGUUCCUGAAAUCAUACCUGUAGCCGACUUAUAGGCACCCCAUAGGAAUUUAAUGUUGUCAGUGCAGUAUGGUCUUACUUGUUUUGAUCGUAAAGCAAAUGCACUCAUUUGUUCACAGAAGCCUAAUUGUGACAAGGUGUGUAGUAAUGAGUGUAAUUACUGAGUAAACAUAAAUAGGUGAAUUACGACCGUGCGUAAUGCAGAACUUCACAAUGGAUGCGCUGGCACUCCUUGAAGAUUACGCAAACGGCAGGAUCAGGAUGGAGAGAGUUUUUAGAGACCAUCAAGAUUUCCUGGCCAACGAUGAUGACUGGCUGAUAUGCCGAUUUAGAUUUCCUAGAGCAGUGCUCUUAAAUCUAUGUGCUGAGUUGGGCCCAGUGUUGGAGCGAUCAACCCGCCGGAACCAUGCCAUACCCGCGCAUAUGCAGGUGCUGACAACUCUCGGGAUUCUGGCAACCGGCUCUUUCCAGCGGGAAUUAGCCGACAGGUCUGGAAUAUCUCAGCCAUCGCUGAGUAAUGUAAUGCCUGCCGUUUUGGAUGGCAUUAUAAAAAUGAGCAGUCGAUACAUAAAGUUUCCAUACACUGUAGGGGAACAGGCCAACAUUAAAAGGCAAUUUGCAGCAUCAACCGGUUUCCCAAAUGUAAUCGGCGCGAUUGACUGCACUCACGUUGCUAUAAGGGCUCCAAGUCAGAAUGAGUUUGUCUACGUUAACCGAAAAAAUGUGCAUUCAGUUAACGUGCAAGUCAUUUCCGACUCAAACUUGCUUCUGACAAAUUUAGUGGCACGGUGGCCUGGGUCAACCCAUGAUUCAUUCAUCCUGGCACACAGCAGUGUAGGGAAUAGACUGCAGGCAGGUGCUUCGCGGGAUGGGUGGCUUCUCGGUGACAGUGGCUAUCCCCUGAGACGCUGGCUCCUCACGCCUUUUGCGAACCCGCAAAGCGCAGAGGAGGCGCGCUUCAAUUCCGUCCACGUUCGUGCGCGCUCUGUUGUGGAGCGAGCCAUCGGCCUCCUUAGAAUGUGGGCGUGUAGGGGGCGGGCUAGCAGCAGAAUUCACUUGCGCAAGCUUUCAGGCAGAGUGUGAUUUAUAAAGGGAAAAUUGCUUGCACCUGUGCGCACGCACGGUUUUAUAAAUCAGAAUAUUUUGUUGCUUACGCAAACUCUGGAUUCUUGGCGGACGUCCACUUUUAGUAGGAAUCCUACGCAGAGUUUUAUAAAUGAGCACCCUGGUGUGGAGUU